AUGCUCAUGGCCGUCGUAGGGGACGCAGCUACGAGCAGAGUACCGAUACGUCAUCAAGAUAUGUUCAAAUUGAAAAUACGCUCACCUUCCCUCGUGCCCGGAUUGUCGAGAAACAGAGCUAACGUCCUUUACAAUGACGACGACGCUUUUACCGCCACAGCUUUAAAACAGCACAUAUCAUCGAAUAGCAACUACAUCCCCAUCGACCAUCCCUCGAGAAACACACCCACCCUCCAAGGCGACAGCGACUUCGCAGAGGCCAGUGUCACCGCUGCGCAAGGGAAGCGCUCUAGAGCCGUGACGAAACAUAAGAAUGGAAUCCUUGAGCGGCCAUUGAAGAGGAGGCGUAAUGGUGAGGAUGAAGGGUCGCGUAGAAGUGCCAGUUUUAAAAAGGGGACAAGAGGCGCUCGUGGUCCUUACGGUCCAAGGCCAGCUAAGGAACAGAAAGCUAUGGAACGAAAAGCGCUGCUCGAAGCUGACCCAUAUGCCUACAAGGUUAGGGUCCACUGGGUCCGUUGUCGAGGCUGCGAUAACGAUAUUUCACUUGACAAACGGUCCGAGUAUUAUCCUGGGCUGUGGAUUAAGCAUCGGAGGAAGUGCAAGGAAAUCGCGAAGUUGAGAGAGAAGGAGAGUGAAUCCGUCAAGGGGGAAAAGAUUCAACGACCGGAAUUCCAGUAUCCGCCGCUACCCCUCGGAGGUCGGACUCAACUUGAAGACGACGGCGAGCCGUCGUCCAGAAGCUCAACACCAACACGUUCAUCUCCGCAGGUUGGCGGUUCUGGCAGGAUCCUAGAAGAUACGUGGAAGAAGCUCGACGACGAUGCACACUCCGUUGGAUCGAGUUACUCUGAGCCUCGAUAUGAUCCGGACCUUGGCGCCCCAUCCUCAUUCACUGUCGAACGACAAUAUGAAGGUAGACAGGUCACAAUUAAUUUGGAGGACGAGAACACAGACGGAAUGAUCGUCUGUCCACCGCGCCUGGCCAAAUCAAGCGGGCGGGCGAUUUACGCGCAGUGGCUGAAGAACAGGGCUAUACAUCAGCCUAAUUGGAGUGAAGAAGAGAGAGUAUACUGGACAUAUGCUCCGUUUGCUCCAGCUGAUCUAGAUCGUGAGUGA